CAGACAGAGAGCUGCAGCAUCACACCGAGACAACAACACAGGGAUGGAGAGGAGAGCUGUGCGAGCCUGACAGAGUCUGAUCGAGUCUUUCCCUGCUUUGACCAUCCGACAUGCUGUGCAGUAAACUCUUGCUCGCCGUGUACAUCGUCACCUUCCUGAUGGGGGUCCCUGCCAACAUCCUGGCAUUCUUCACCUUCUACCGCAAAGUUCGACGCAAGGCAGCCCCGAUCGACAUCCUCCUCCUCAACCUCACCAUCUCUGACCUCAUCUUCCUCGCCUUCUUGCCUUUUAAAAUGAAGGAGGCGUCUGAUAAAAUGGUGUGGCUGUUACCCUACAACCUGUGUCCCUUCACUGGGUUCAUUUUCUACGUCACCAUCUACAACGGCACCCUGCUCCUCACGGCUGUGAGCGUGGAGCGCUACCUCGGGGUCGCCUUCCCUCUCAGGUACUCCAUGUGGCGCAGACCUCGCUACGCAGUGUUAGCCAGCCUCACUUUCUGGCUGGUGACUUCUUUGAACCUCCUCAUCGUCUACAUCAUGCCCUACGCCCAGUGGAGUAGAGACGCAGACAGCUACAGCAGCAACAGCACUAGCCCUACCUCACCUCCACCCACCUGCUACCUGGAUUUCACAGACGAUGAACUAGCCAUCGUGCUGCCGGUCCGCCUUGAGCUCUUCCUCGUCCUCUUCUGCAUCCCCUUCUUCAUCUGCUGCUUCUGCUACAUCAACUUCAUUCUCAUCCUGUCCCGUCUACCCAACAUAAGCAGGCGACGUAGGCUGCGAGCCAUCGGCCUGGCACUCGGCACGCUGAUCGUUUUCGCGGUUUGUUUCGUGCCGUACAACGCCUCCCACGUGGUGGGGUUCGUUCGCCAGGAGAGCGAGGAGUGGAGACACGUGGCUUUGCUCUCCAGCACCUUUAACGCCUGCCUGGAUCCGUUUAUCUUCUACUUCUCGUCAGCGGCGGUCAGGAGCAUGUUAAAGCACUGCUGCAGGAAUGUCAUGGACAAGCUGCACAUCCUGAGGUGUAAAAAGACUCCUCAGCAGAGACCCUCCAUGAUCGUACAUCACAGCAAAGCCCCUGUUCACUGAUUGUUCUGCAGGAAUCAGGAACAUAAAGCACCUCUAGGGGACGUGUUUCUUAAUUUCAUGCAAAAAUAAAGGGCUGAUGAUUGUUUUUCUGCUCUAGCCAAGCUUAUCUGACAUUAUCUUCUUCCUCUGUUUUAAGGCAUAUUAAUAAAUCUAAACUCCAGCAUCUUAGUAUUUCUAUA